AUGGCUUUUCGCGGCGAACGAUUCGUUCUCGACCUGGAUGAAGAUGAAGGUGCUCCAGAAAUCCCCUCUCCAUUCUCACUGAUCGGAGAGAUCCAAGAACGGGCUCCAUCUACCGCCAUCCCUCCCGCCCCUAAGCCGACGACCUCGUCGACCGGAUUCCCUGCCCCUCGCCAGCGCAAACCGUCUUCCUUCAAACAACGACGAGCAGACCAGUCCCAGACCAGCUCUGAGGCACCUGCCACAGCUCAACCGACCAUUCAAGAUGAUAAGAAGCACAUUGACGAGGAGAACCGCCGUCAUCUGGCGGCAAUGUCGGACGCGCAGAUCCAACGGGAACGAGAAGAACUGAUGGAACAGAUGGAUCCAGGGCUCCUGGAGAGAUUCCUCCGCAGAGCAAAUAUUGAGGAAGGUCAGAACACCGACUUGGAGCCCCCUCUGCCGAAGCCGAAGCCCAAGUCAGAAGAAAGACCCAAACCCAGAAAAUCAGUCUCCUUCGACAUCCCUGCAUCUGCACCGGCCUGUGCUCAACCCAGCGCCCAGUCCCAUUCACUAUCAAAACCGACUCCCAAGCCGCAUCCUCGAAAUCAGGACCUUGCACCACCUACCCUUCCCCAAGACCUCCGCCCGGCCUCUCAACAGCCCUCCCUCGACCCAGCCACUCUCGAAACCUUCCACUUUCCCACGCCAAAGACCCCAAUGCCAGUCCUGGACCCAAACUCGCCAUCUUUCCUAUCAGAUCUGCAGUCACACUACUUCCCUGAGAUAUCCCAGGACCCCUCAAAACUCUCCUGGCUGCAGCCCCUAUCCGCCGACGAAGAAGACCCAGACUCAACAUCAGCCUACCACCCCGCCAGCAACGCCAUCUCAAUGGCCCCCUCAGCAAUUCGCUUUUCGCUAACAGGCACAAUCCUCGCACCCGAAACAUCCCUCGCCCUCCCGACAACCAUGGGUCUACACCACCACGGCGAAGACCCACAUGCGGCUGGCUACACGAUCCCCGAGCUAGCCAUUCUCUCCCGCUCGACCUUCCCCGCUCAGCGAUGCAUCGCAUGGCAGGUCAUCGGCCGGAUCUUGUUCCGUCUGGGCCGGGGGGAGUUCGGAGAGCGCGGCGGGCAAUUGUCGGAGGGAUUGUGGUUCGUUAUUGAGAAGGAGGGUGUUGUUGCUGGUAUGCUUGCCGAAGCCGAUGGCAAUGCUGGCCAGACCCAAGGCAGGAAUAAGAGCAAGGAUGAACAGGAGGAAAGGAGUGAGCUCCCUCUUGCUUCUGGCGUUGGUCGUCAUGCUAGUGCUGCUGCGUGGGCGGUUGAGGGUAUCUGGUUAUGGCAGCAGGGUGGCGGUGGUGAUCGUGGGUUGUUGAAGGAUGGACAGCAGCGAGCUUUAUAG